GACCAACUCAGAACCAAGUCGCUCCCUUCCAAGAAAGAAAACGCAUCGAAAAAAAGAACCCAACGGCACCUCACGCCGUCACCGUUUGCCAGCUCACUCUUCCAUUUUUUUCCCCACGCCACGUCAGUAGUGACGCUUAUUCUAACGGCAUCUGUUUCGUCCCGCGGAACACGUAACGACGUUCCGCCAAUGGCGUUACGAACUCCGUAAGGCCCACUUUCGGCCCAACCCCAAGUCACAACAAGGUCUUCUUCCUCUUCUACUGCUACAGCUUCUUUCUGUCUUCUUCAUCGUCAUCGCGCACUUUCUCUCUCCAACAUUCUCUCUUUUUCUUUCUCACCCUCCUUUUUUCUCUCUCAGAAUUUUCUUCUCUUUCCGAUUCCUCCUAUUAAUUUCAUUUUUCUUGCUCCUUCUCUUCCCUGAGAACACCUCUUCUUAGUAUUGAUGUCGGAAAAGGGUCGGCCACUACCAAAAUUUGGUGAUUGGGAUGUCAAUGAUCCAGCCUCGGCUGAGGGGUUCACAGUGAUAUUUAAUAAGGCUAGGGAUGAAAAGAAAACAGGUGGCAAUCCUGAGUCACCAGCAAAGACUGCCGCUGAUCCUCAUAGCAAACCUGCAGUAGAUCCUGGGAAAACUCAGACUAAAAAAUGGUUUUGCUGCAUGCAACCUUCUGCCGAAUGAUAGGAUAGCAAUGGUUGCUCAUUUGAAAAGCCUGAACAGAAGAACAAUGUUUAUGUGUAACUAGCUUCACAGUAUUUUCGCAAAGAUAAGAGCUGUAGAGCCAUGAGCGAAUUCUACGGAAUUUAUAUUUUGUGCUGUAAAAGUGAGCUGCAAUGGGGUAAAGGGAAGAAGACAGACUAUUAUUUGUGUGUGUAUCAGUGUUGUGGUUUAUUAUUAGGAGCCGGGGUUGCUUCCUGUUUUGCCUUGUCUUGCGCUAUGAGCUAGAGCGUUGCUUGUCACAUUGUAUUGCUUGUAUUAUCAAACAAAUCCUAUUUUAUGAACUCAUUUUAUUCCUUUGA